AAGUGUUGUUUCUAUCAGCAAUUAUAUAGAUAAAUGUAUAUAAUAAAAGGUUAAUAAAGAAAAGGUUAUCUGCUGACGCUACAUUAUAGUGGGGAAUCCAACCAUGGAAUUCACCAUUUAGAACGCGUCAGUAAUAGGCUGGUGCAUGACCAAUAUGUCGACCUAUGAUUCUGGAGAACAAGAAGCUGAAAUCUGUUCCAUCCAAGAAGGGGGACCCCAGGCAACCGUAGAUUUAGAGCAUGAUGAUAAAAUAAUAAAGUGGACAAUGCUGCUGCUAAAUUUACUAAAUUAUGUCAUCAUUUUUUGCAUUUGGCUGUUUGUUACAGUACUUUGUUUUAGUAAUGAAAUCAUGCUAUUUUCAUUCCAUCCAUUCUGCAUGACGACGGGUUUCCUAUUAUUCGUAUCACUGGGAAUAUUAGCACAUAAUAAAAAUAACAUACUGACUCGAAAUAAACCAUACAAAUCUCGAUAUGAAUUUCAUUGGAAAAUGCAACUUGGAGCGAUAAUUUUUCUCACAAUAGGAUUUACAAUAAUUCUUGUUAAUAAAAAUCUUUAUGGAAAACCUCAUUUCACAUCAUAUCACGGUAUUUUUGGAUUAAUAACAUACAUAUUAUUAGUUUUAACCUUCCUACUCAGCUAUUUCACGUUAAAAGUAAAGUUUCUAUUCAAAUCCUUACCGAAGAAUUAUAUAAUGCUCGCACACGUGACCCUCGGAAUAGUUGCGUACGCACAAGGAUUUGCUGAUUUUCUUCUGGGAAUUUUUAGUGGCUGGUUUGAAAAAACUGGAGGAACAGCAGCUCAAGUCUGCUGUGUUUUGUUAACCAUCCUUUUAACCGUUAAUAUAUUAUGGCCACCCAUCUCCAGAAGACUGAUUAAACCGAUCAAAGCCAUAACUUACUCUCACUUUUAGCAAACUCCAUGAAUCUGAAAUAUGUACAAAUAAAAAAAUGUUAAUAAGCUAAUUGUACAGUUAAAUUGAUUGAACAUGAGGGUUAUUGUAAUAUUGCAAGAGAUAUGAAGUCAUGAAAUUGUUUUU